AGAAGGGGAUGGGGGGAAUGGCUGCCUCUGUCCCCUGCUCGGUAGCAGCAGCAGCAGGCACCGCCACCCCCCUGGGGGCAGCAGCAAGCAAGUCAAUGCGGCAGCUUCUCCAGUGAGGGACCAGCAGCGCAGUUGCAGGCUGACCUGAGUGCCUUGCUGCCUUUCCGCGCCUCUCCUCUCGCUUUGCAAAGGUGCGGGCUAGGAAGGCGUCUCUCUCCAACCCCCAGCCCCCUACCGCCUCCUCCCCGGAUGCCCUCUAAUACUGUACUACGUCUCAAGCAUGGGAGCGCUAACCAGCCGGCAGAACGCAGGAGUGGAAGAGGUGGACAUCCCGUCUAAUUCCAUCUACAGAUAUCCUCCUAAAUCCGGAAGCUACUUUGCCAGUCACUUCAUCAUGGGAGGUGAGAAGUUUGAUUCUACACAUCCCGAGGGCUACCUUUUUGGAGAAAACAGUGAUCUCAACUUCCUUGGGAACAGGCCUGUAGCGUUUCCGUAUGCUGCCCCACCGCCCCAGGAGCCAGUGAAGACACUGCGAAGCCUGAUCAAUGUCCGAAAGGACACAUUGCGCCUAGUCAAGUGUGCGGAGGAAGUGAAGACUCCAGGGGAAGAAGUCAGCAAAGCCAAAGUCCAUUACAAUGUGGAAUUCACAUUUGACACUGACGCCCGCGUGGCUAUAACAAUUUAUUACCAGGCUACUGAAGAAUUCCAAAAUGGAGUAGUGAGUUACAUCCCCAAAGACAACAGUUUGCAAUCGGAGACUGUCCACUACAAGCGAGGGGUGUGCCAGCAGUUUUGCCUCCCCUCCCACACUGUUGAUCCCUCAGAAUGGACGGAAGAGGAGCUGGCCUUUGAUCUGGACCGUGAAGUCUACCCCAUGGUGGUUCUUGCAGUGGUAGAUGAGGGAGACGAGCAUAUAGGCCAUUGUCAUGUACUCCUGGCAACGUUUGAGAAGCAUGCCGACGGCAGCUUUUGUGUGAAGCCCCUCAAACAGAAGCAAGUGGUGGAUGGAGUGAGCUACCUCCUUCAAGAGAUCUAUGGGAUAGAAAACAAAUACAAUACACAGGAUUCCAAGGUGGCAGAAGAUGAGGUGAGCGACAAUAGUGCAGAAUGUGUGGUCUGCCUCUCUGAUGUCCGGGACACCUUGAUCUUACCUUGCCGCCACCUUUGCCUCUGCAAUACCUGCGCUGACACCUUGCGUUACCAAGCCAACAACUGCCCCAUCUGCAGGCUGCCAUUUCGGGCUUUGCUACAGAUCCGAGCCAUGAGAAAAAAGCUUGGACCCCUUUCCCCGACCAACUUCAACCCUAUCAUCGCCUCCCAGACAUCUGACUCAGAGGAGCACUCGUCUUCAGAGAACAUCCCUCCGGGCUAUGAGGUGGUCUCCCUUCUGGAAGCCCUUAAUGGGCCUCUCACUCCAUCCCCAGCAGCUCUUCCGCUCCACGUACUUGGGGACAGCCACGUGUCGGGCAUGCUGCCCUCAUAUGGCAGUGACGGCCACCUGCCUCCCGCCCGGACCCUGUCUCCCCUUGACCGCUUGUCGGAUUGCGGCAGCCAAGGACUCAAGUUGAAGAAGAGCCUGUCCAAGUCAAUAUCCCAGAAUUCCUCAGUACUACAUGAAGAAGAGGAUGAGAAGACCGGCAGUGAAUCUGAAAUCAGGAUUUCCAGGAGGAAGUCUCCUCGUCCUCAGGAAGAGGAAUGUGGUGUGACGCCAGAAAGUGAAAACCUUACCUUAUCCUCCUCAGGAGCAAUAGACCAGUCUUCAUGUACAGGGACACCUCUCUCUUCUACCAUCUCUUCUCCAGAAGAUCCUGUUAGCAGCAGCCUGGCCCAGUCGGUCAUGUCCAUGGCUUCCUCUCAAAGCCAGCACUCUGAGAUCAGCACUGACACCAUGUCUUCAAUGUCAGGCUCCUAUAUAGCUCCUGGCACUGAGGAAGAGGGGGACAUGAUCCCAUCGCCUGCUGUUGCCAGUGGGGUACCUUCAGAAGGAGAUUCAACCCCUGUUGAAUCUCCAGAUGAAAAUUUUGUCAGUAUGUCAGCAGAGGAACGAGACGCAGAGGGGAAUGACGUCAUGGAGGAAGAGGCUGGCUCCCCCACACAAGAAGAUGGCCAAAGGACAGGCGCAUACCUAGGUAUGGAGUGUGACAAUAACAAUGACAUUGGCAACGCAAGCGUGAAAGCACUGGACAAUAAGCUGUGCUCUGAGGCCUGCUUACCUGGUAUCCAGGCGUCAGCUGACAAUCUUCUGAAUCACAGCCAGACCCUGAGGCGCCACUUUUCUGCCAGCAGCAUCAACCUGGAGUAUGAUGAAGAUAUGCAAUGCAUGCUGGGACUUCUGUGUCCUCGAUGAUGUUGCAUUGUGUGGAGAGAGAAAUCACAGCACUGAACACGUUUCCCUAAAACACUUAAAGCAGCUAAGCUGUGGGCAUUACCCCUGUCAAACCCUGCAGAUGAUGUGACAUUGUUUUAAACACCACACUUGGUAGCCAAGAAUCCACAUUACCCUUGUAAUCAUUCUAUGUUAAAACGAACACACAGUAGGAUUGGCUGAAUGGCUUGAGUAGGGUUCAAAUGAUGGUUACCUCCAUAAACUUUGAUGCUUUGUCUCCUAUUAUCAUCUUGUCAACUCAGCAUUCCCUGUUCUCUGCUGAUCUUUGUCUUUAUGGUGUAACCGAAUAAUUGUUUGGUGAUUGCCAUAACACCCGUUUCCCUUUUUUAAAAAAUCAAGGAAUUAAUGCUGCUUCACUUAUUUAUAAUUCUUAACAGGUGCAUGUAGAAUGUGUACCUGUAAAAAUGUAAUGUACGUAGAGGACAAAUAUAUACUUGCAAACUAAUGUAUUGGCACAGCUACCUAUCACAUCCACGCAGUGUGGAAGACAUGUAUUUGAUGCCACCUAAUACAUGCAGCAGACCUGAUAUCAGAAGAAAUGAGAUUAUAGUUCCUUCACCCAUUCUACACUCACCCUGAAGUCAUUUGAGCUGCCCGGAUAAUGAUUCCAGGUCACAACUAAGCAAUCAAUAUUUGGGUGUGUGUAAUAUCCAUUAUUCUUCAAGAGCUGGGCUGAAUUCUAUGCUGCAUAGAAGUGGCAAGAUCUAAUACAAAGGGUUCCCCCCCCUUUAAAAUAUGGAACAUCUAGCAGCUGUAUCUUAAAAUGGGGGAGAGAAAUGGUAAGCAGACAGCCAGUCAAGAGAAAAUGACAAAAGAGAUUCAUUGUGUGAAAAUACAACACCGCCCUAGUGGCUGUUUUCUGCUAAUUUUGGAUCCCAUCAGAAGAUGACAGAACAUGUGAAGUUAGGCAUGCGGUCUUAUGAUUGGGAAAAGAUUAACUGGCACAAAGUUAGAGGAGCAUUAGUAAGUGCACUUGUAAAGUGAUAUUAUUAAGGCAGACUGUCCCUUAAACUUCAUGCAUGGCAUUACAUAAAAGUGCAGUCUUCCCCCUAUGUGAUAAAGGCCUUUUAAAUGCAUCAUUAACUAUGCAUUUUUUCACUGUUAAUGAUCUUGGUUUCCUUGGUGAUGAGUGUAUGCAAGUCCUGGUGAAGCCAACAGUUCCCCAGUCAUUUUAACAAGCUGUCCAUCCCAGCAGUCGAAUUUGGUCUUUGGUUGGGGCCCACCUGUUGAGUCAAAUUCUCAUCCUUCCUUGUGCUGCAUUGUGAAGCCUCCCCCUACCAUGCACAGGCUAGUUGCCAGCAGUCUGGUGAAUCACCAACACAGUCGUUUUAGAACCUGCUGUUUGGGAAUAUUUGCACUAAAACCAUGGGAAGUUUUGCUGUUCUUGAAUAAGAGUGAACAAAAAGUGGCAUUUGAGCAAUUGCAACUGUGGGGGAUGGAGUGGGGAUGAGUGAAGGUCAGGUAAGGUUAGAUUGGUGGUGGGUUUUUUGAGCUGGGCUUGACUACUCUCGCCUCCUACCACUUCCAUUCCUUUAGCUCUUUCCUACUGUAGAGCAAAAUUAACGGUGUAGCACAAAGAUGGCUUCCCAAGUCUUUCUGGGCAGACUCCUUUGAUCCUCCAGAAGGAGGAGAGCAGGUCACACCUUUAGCUUUGUGUUAACUGGCCCCCAUCAUCAAAGACAAAGACUUUGUCUCAGGCCUUCCGGUCGCAUCUUCCUGUGAUGGUCAAGCAAGAAAACAAUUGUGUUGCAUUGUCUUCACCAACAACACACACUUCCAUAUUCCAUUUCCCUGUCUACUAUUUGUUUCUCCUUGAAGAGGGGAAUGAGAGGAUUAAGAAGAAUGCUGGACACUUCAGUUUUUCUGGAGAACAUUGGUUUUGUCUUUAGAAACAACAAAGAAGUAUUGCAUCCCAAGUGUGCACAUAGUUAUUUUGUCCCCCACCCCAGCUGGUCAGUCAGGUUUUUCUGUGUAAUCUGUUUACAAGAGACAAAGUGUACACACCUUCCACUGUGAAAUGCCUGUCAUGUGGCUCUGGCCUUUACUGUAAUUGACUGGUGGUCAUGACAAAACUCUACAACUGGAGACCUUGGAUACAGCCUUUAACCUGCCAAUUACCACAUGGAGGAGCUUUCAGUAUGGGAGUCUUGGGGAAAUGGCCGUGUGCUCUUGGGAGUCCUUACAAGGGAUAGUGGGGUUGGUGAACACCAGAAAUGCUGUUCUGCAAGCUUUAGUUAAAUUAAUCAAGCUCUCCUCACCCACUGGUCCACCAGUAAGCCUGUUGUAGGAUAAAGUGCAUUUUCUCAAGAUUUACCUCAGCAUUCAAAACGCUGUAUGAAGCAAGACCUGGAGACUGGGGAAAGCAAUAACAAGAAAAAUAGAACUGGCAUAGACAGCAUGGUUGUGUGUUUUUCCUCAGUUCCCUCACAUACCCCUCUGAAGCAAACUAUUGUUUGUUUCAGAGAUUUCUCAGAAAAUUGUAAUAGUGGCAACGUGGAUGGAAUGUGGGGUGGGGUGGGUUAUUGAGGAGAAAUGUAUUUUCUUUUUGUCCGUCCCCCCCUUUACAGGGGUGGGGGAAAGUCAAAGGCAACAGAAAUUGCAGGUGCAGGAUGGUGUCCAUCUGAAUUUGUUACUGUGAAGCAGGCACGUGCAGCCGGGAAGCAAGUUGUGCCCCAUGCAAGAGUACAGUCAGACUGUUCUUAAUGGGUGCACAUGCCACAACAUGGGACUAUGGAACCUUCUAGACACGCUUGUGUGCACCUCAGUGGCAACAAUGCAAUAUGUAUUUAUGACUGCAUGACUCUUUAAAAGAGUGAAUAAAGCUGUUUACAAGGGAUGGACAGCUGUUCCCUGGAAUUGUUUGUGUGUGUCAUUUUCUGAGGUAAAAGAUGUGUUACCGCCACACUAUUAUGGGCAGCAGUUUAAGUCAUUUGAGGGGCAGGCUGCUGCUUGCCUGUCAAUGGAAAGAGUCUCAUUGGUUUAAAAAUGAAUUUU